GCAAAGAAGGGAGUCACAUGGCUUGAGAGACCAAAAUCCAUCAUGCCACGCACAUACAAAAGGAAGACAGACAGGGUUUCAACUCCUCUUGAGGAGUUGGAAAGAGCAGUGAAAGAGGUGCAACAGGGGAAGACCAUACGUCAGGUUGGAAAGGAGAUGAAGAUCUGCAGGAUGACCAUAAAAAGACAUAUGGAUAAGAAAAAAAUAGGAGAAGUAACAAAGCCAGGCUAUGAAAGAACAGCAGUCGCCAAACGAGUCUUCAAUGAGAACAUGGAGAAAGAGCUGGCUGACCAUAUUAAGACACUAGCAGCAAUGUUUCAUGGCAUAGGUGUCAUGAAAUGCCGUGAACUGGCUUUUGAGUUCGCACAAAGAAAUAGCAUUGACAUGCCUGCCAGCUGGACCAGAGACGAAAAAGCAGGACCUGAUUGGUUCAACGCCUUUAAAGCACGCUACCAUUUGGCAUGCCGCGUUCCUGAAGCAACCUCUCUUGGAAGAGCUACUGCCUUUAAUAAGCACAACGUGGGGGAGUUCUUUGAUAACCUCUCUAAAGUGAAGGACAGGUACAGCUUCCCUCCACACAUGAUGUACAACAUGGAUGAAACUGGUGUGACGACAGUGCAGACACCCAAGCAGGUUGUCACAGAAAAAGGGAAGAAACAAGUGGGUUCAGUAACAUCUGCUGAAAGAGGAGAGCUCGUCACUGUGGCCUGUGCAGUAAACGCCACUGGAAAUGCAGUCCCACCCAUGUUCAUUUUCCCGCAUGUCCGCUUCAAGGACAGCCUCCUCAAUGGAUCACCAGCAGGUUCCAUUGGUCAUUGUACAAAGUCUGGAUGGAUGAAUGAAGAUGCCUUCCUCAUCUUCCUGAAGCACUUCAUCCGCCACACCAACUGCUCCACCGAUCACCCAGUCCUGCUCAUUCUGGACAACCAUGAGUCUCACAUCUCACUCAAGGACAUCUUCCCGGAAGAAGACUAUGCACCAUCAAUGGUGACAGACAGGGCAAAUCCAGAAGAUGAACCCAGUGCCACUGCUGACCUGCCUGGAGAAGAGCCCUCUACCAGUGCAGCUGCUCACCUGCCUGGAGAAGAGCCCUCCACCAGUGCAGCUGCUCACCUGCCUGGACCAUCUCAUGAGCCAACACAUGUCACAGCAGAUCCAGACCCAGGAGAGCCACCUGCCACUCUGACAAAUCCCGAGCACUUAUCAAGUGACAAAUCUGGUUCUUCUGCUCACUUGGGUUAUGUGUCUCCAGAAGUCAUUCUUCCCUUGCCAAAAGCCACAGAAAGAAAAAAAAAAUGUGUAAGAAAGAAAGUGAAAACAAGAAUCGUGACCGACACACCUGAGAAGAUGGAGUUGGAGAAGGCUCACAAAGAAAAAGAAGAUAAAAAGGCUGAACAGGAAAAGAAAAAGAAUGAAAGAGAGAAGAAAAGGGCUCUGAAAGCUGCAAAUCAAACCAAAACCAAGAAGAAAACAGCUGUGUACAGUAGCUCAGAAGAAAGCUCCACCACCAAUGAUGAGGCAGAAGAUGGUCUGGAGAAGACACACAGCAGAGAAAAGGAACGGGCUGAGAAGAAGAAAAGGAGUGGAAAUAAGAAGGGGGCUCUGAAAGGGUCAAAACCAACCAAGCCCAAAAGAAAGUGCUCUCCAGUAGCUCAGAAGAGAGUGACUUUCCGAUUCCACUUAGCGAUACCACUCAUUAUGAGAGUUCAGAUGUCCAGAGUGAUGAUGAUGAUGGUGACAAGGAUCUGUCUGCUGGUGACUUUGUCAUUGUGAAGUUUGCAGGUAAAAAAUCCAAAUGCUAUAACUAUGUUGGAUUGGUGGAGAAUGUUGAAGGUGACGAGAUCAGUGCAAAGUUUCUGAAGCAAAGUUAUAAGAGGUCUGUUGAUGGAAAGCCCAUCUUCACAUUUAGAGAGAAUGAUGAAGGAGUCAUCCCUAGAGGUGAUGUGCUCAAGAAACUACCCACACCACAAAAACUUGGUGGUACAGCCAGAAGGGAGUAUAAAUUCACAUUCCCCUGCAGCAUUGACAAGUGGGAUGUUCAGUAGUAGGCCGAAUCUGUGAAGAGAUUCAGAUGCAGAUGAUUUGCUGCUCAUUUUUAAAGUGGCCUUUGAUGUUGUUAAAACUUUAAAUAAACAUUAAAUAAAUAAUUUUGUAUUGAA